CUCGUCUCAUCAUCAUCGUCAUCAUCAUACCGUCCUCAUCGUCAUCGUAGGCAGCACGAGUGUCCCUUGCAAGCGCAGAGUGUGACAGCUGCUACUUCCUCGCCAUGGACGAUGGUCUGGCUCGCCCGGCGCGGCAUCGACCUGCGCCCAUAGCCCAGCCCGGCACAAGCUCCAGCUCCAGCUCAAGAGCCACAGUCGCCCUGUACGGCGACCCAGCUGUAGAGGAGCUCUGUCGUCUAGAGACUUUCAGGGACAACUUCAAUAGCCGAGACUUCCUCGCAGGACUAUCCGAUAAGCUCAUCGCCCGUUCCAGAGCGGAUCCUGGACCUUUCAACCCAAGACCCUUCAUACGCACCUUCGAGGCAGCAGUGGAGUCCCUUCAGGGUCUCAAGCGUGACUUGCAGCAGGACCAAGCUGCGCUCACAUCCUCGGUCCAGGUGGCCCAGUCAGCCUACUCCUCCAAGCUACAUGAGUUGUCGUCACACUUUACCUCCGUCUCACAGUCCUUUUCCUCGCUAGAGUCACGCUUCUCAGAGGUCAGCAGGACGGCCAUUCACAUAGGCGAGCAGCUGGAGAGCGUGGACAGGCAGAGGUCGAGGGCGGUAGAGGCACAUGACCUCAUCGAGUACUACUAUGCAUUUGCCAGGGAGGACACGAGCAAGCUGGACAAGCUGCGAAAAGAUGGCGGAAGGGAGGGCAGGUUGAAGACGGCGAUCAUUGCUCGCAGACUGGGAGCAAUCAGCAGAGAGGUGGACAUACCCGGAGCAGACAAGACCCGCGAGACCGUUGAUCGAUACAACGAACGCUUCGAGCGGGACAUGUUGAAGCUCUUUGACAAGUUCUAUCGCAAGUCAGAUCCUCGUAUGAUGUCCCACAUCGCUCAAGUCUUGCAGAACUUCAACGGUGGUCAAUCCUGCGUGCAGAUCUACGUCAAUCAGCACGACUUCUUUAUCAGCAAAGAUCGAGUUGGAGAGGCCAACCGAAUGCAGAGCAGCGAAAUAUGGCAGACACUCGCCGAUCCAGAUGCGCUGCCUCCUCAAUCGGAGCAUUCUCUGGCAUCGCUCUUCGACGAGAUCCGGACCACUGUCGAACAAGAGGCACAGAUCAUCUCAGCCGUCUUCCCCAAUCCUCCGCUUGUCAUGUCGACAUUCUUGCAAAGAGUGUUUGCACAGUCUGUGCAGGGCUACGUGGAAGUUUUGAUGGACAAGGCAACCGAAGUAGGCGCGUCGGGCGCCAAGAAUACCCUGCUGGACACGACAGCACCGCUGAGUGAACUGACAUUCCUCAGGGUGCUUCAAAUGGCUAGGAGCAUGUCAAUGGCCCUCAUCUCCGAUCUCAAGAUGUAUGACUUUCGGGGACCCGGCGGAGGCCCAUCUAAAGGCGACUCUACACCACAGAUCGCCUUCCUGAAUGGGGAAGGAGGCGAGCAAGCCGGUACAACGCAAGGCGCUGCUGCCAAUCCGCUCUCCUUCAUGCUCGAGUCGGCAGUGGAAGAGAUCUUUGUCCCGUACAUGGAAGGCACAAAGUAUAUGGAGAAGGAGAGCAAGAGUUUGACAGAGCUGUAUGCCCUGUACCUCGCUCGCUUCACACAGUACCAUCGGUCCUCAGCUGCUGGUGGUGGCAGACUCAAGACCUCGAACCUCUUCGAUCGAGUCAGAGCAGCAGCUGGAGGUGCAAAUAGUCCAGCGCCGGCAGGUGCGCCUGGUGCAGCUGGCGCCUCGACCACAACCGCCCUGCCCCCUGGGGCUAGCACGCUUCCUGCGCCCAAGACCUCGGCGUUCUCCAAGCUAUCAGGCUUUGUGGAUCGCGCUCGUGGAGCAACUCCUGUGCCAGCCAAUACCGAGGAGCCGGCUCCAAUUGACAGUCCCGUGGUCCAUGAAGCGCCAACACCCUCGACUAAUCUGGAGGCCCUCGAAGAUAAUGACGGCGAGCUCAGCUUAGCAGUUGCAGAGAGGAUGCUGCGAUGGCAUGCGGAAGCAGUGGGCCGCUGUGUUGACCUCAGCAGCCCAUCAGACGUGGGCAAGAAUGUUUUUGCCCUGCUCAAGAUUCUCGUUGAAGCAUUCCUCAAGUCCUACCUCGAAGUGGCAAUCGAUUCGGCUUCAGCUCAGGCAGCCAUGCAAGAUGUCAGGGGCGCUACGGCUCCUGACCUCUCCUUGAUCAAGAUUGUGCGACAGGUGGAGCUGAUCACGACACUCUGGCAGCAUUACGUCAGUGUAGCGCUCAUUCCCUUGACCGGAGGUAGUGUCACGCUGAGGAGGGAGGUGGCCAUUUUCAACAACCACAAUCUGCUCCGAGUAGAGGGCAAAUGCGAUGCUCUUGUUCAGAGGCUGGUCGAUAAUAUGGUCAGCUAUCUGACCAAUCGUCUCGCCACACAAAAGCGCAAUGACUUCGCACCCAAGAACGACGAGCUGGCCUUUUCUCGUAUGAACACUGAUCCAUGCAUCGCCUGUUCCGAAGCACUGGAGCGAGGCGCCAAGACCAUCCGCGCCUCACUGGGAGCUGGCAAGAAUGCCGAAUCGGUCUUGAGCGAAAUUGGCGUCGCCUUUCACUCCCUCUUACUAGACCAUUUUAAGAAGUACACAGUCAGCGCGGCGGGCGGACUCAUGCUCACAAAGGACCUCGCAAUGUACCAAGACGCCAUUGCCACCUUUGGUCUUCCGGCGCUCAAUGAUCGCUUCGAAAUGUUGCGCUCUCUCGGCAACCUCUUCAUCGUGCAGCCCUCUGUUCUCAAGGGCUACAUGCGCGAGGGACACCUGAGCAAAAUCGACGAGCGGCUCCUACACGCUUUCCUCCUCCGCAGGAGCGAUUAUGCUAAAGAGGUGCGCGACUUGGACGAUGCAGUGGCAGCGGCAGCAGCAGCGCGAAGUCAUGGUGGAGCCAGUGCUCUGUACCACCGUGGCAGCACAGAUUCCACUGCAGGCAUGUCGACGCAGGAUCUGCACCACUAUCAGAUGCAGCAUCGAGGCAGUACCAGUAGCGUUGCCGGAAGCAGCGGACCAUCUGGCAGCAGCGGUGGUGGUGGUGCAGGUGGUAGUGCUGCCACGGGAGGAAGUAAAGCGAGGUUGAGCCUGAUGUUGAAUGAUCUGGAGCGAUAUGCUGCCGGACAGGAGUAUAGGGCUGAUUCGCCUGGUCCGCGAUAGAGGCUGGAAGUGCGAGGGGCGCAGAGACUCUGUAUAUUGUACUUGUAUCUAUCAGGGGAGGCUACGACGAAGAAUUUCAUCCUCUCAGCGGGAUAUCAGCGGGAAUGAGUGCUUCUGGCGCAAUCACAGCAAUGGCAAUUGGGUGGCGAUUGU